GCGGCGCGGCUCCACGCCUGUCCUCACUCGUCUCUCUGACGGACGGACGCGCGAACCCACGUCAAGCAUAUCUAGAUCUCGAUCUGUGACUCUAUCGUUUAAUAUGUUGUACGGUUGUUAGACUUUGCUGUGACUCUACCGAUAAAGUGUUGUGGACUUGUAACAUGUCUGAGUUGCGUGGUUCGCCGCCGUUGUCUCGGGCUCUGGAGGGCGGUUUCGGAGCUCCGCUGGCAGCAUUGAGUUCAUUGGCUGAGGCUCCUCCUCCGGCACCGAAUCCUCACGGCAUUGAUCACAUCCUGUCCCGUCCCGCGGUGGGCUCUAACGUCGGUAACCUUCUGACGCCGCGGCUGUCUCUCGCGGCGGCGGCGGCUGGCAUGGCGCAUUACCUCCAACACAAGCCGCUCUACUGGCCAGGAUUCCAGGGCCUCGUCUCCAACCCCAUGGCCUGGAGAGAACGACUACAGUCCAUGAGCAACGGCGCGCUGUCGGCGUGCGGCGGCCAGGGUCUGGACAAGGAAGGCAAGAAGAAACACACGAGGCCCACCUUCAGCGGACAACAGAUCUUCGCCCUGGAGAAGACCUUCGAGCAGACCAAAUACCUCGCGGGGCCCGAGAGGGCUAAGCUGGCGUACGCCCUGGGCAUGACCGAGUCGCAGGUUAAGGUGUGGUUCCAGAACAGAAGAACCAAAUGGAGGAAAAAGCACGCGGCCGAGAUGGCGACCGCGAAACGCAAACAGGAAGAAAUGGGCGAGGAGUGUGACGAGCCCGAACACGAGCCCGAGCCCUGCAGCGACGACGACGAUGCCAAGCGACCGCGGCUGGACCCCUACCGCCAGUGAUCCCACCAGACCCGUGGCGAGCGAGCCACGGACCUGCUGCUGGCGGACGCCGCUGAGCCCCGCGACUCCGACCCGUUCCGAGUCCCAAGUUCCGCGAGUGACUCCUAUCAGAACUAUUAUAAUUAUAGAGAGGACGCUCCCUUCGACCUCUCCCCCUGGCAGAGACGACACGCGGACGAGCAUCGUAACAGGGUCGCGGACAGUGAGUUGAACGUUCAUGAUGACGGUGACGACCAGCCCAUUAACUUUGCAUAUUAUCACUUCUAGCGGGGCGGGUCACGAGAGUUUCAUAGUUUAUAUAUACGCGAUCGAUCCGAGCGACACACUUGUAAAUAUUACUUAGACAUAUGUGAUGUGAUGUCAGACUAUUUAUUUCUAAUAGUUUUUACAUUCUGAUGCUGUAGAGAUUAAUUUAUGUACAUUUCGAUGUUAAGAUUGUCGGUGCCAAUUGUCUAAGGAUGUCUGAGACGUCCGGUGUGAGGACGUUUCAUACUGACAUAUAUAUAUUAUAAUGUAAAGUUAUAUAACUCGUUAAUUGAAUAUUGUAAAUUGAAGUCCUAAAGUAUCGAUGCAAUAAUGACUAUUAUAUGUAAGCUUAUUCAUUGAUAUCUUUUGCUUUCAUGAAAUUAUGCUUAUGAGAGACACGAGGCGGUGACGUCUCGUUCCGUUCUUUGUAAAUAUAUUUGGAAGCGUCUUUUUGCAAUAUGUAUUGUAUAUUGUAUAGAAUAAUAUUAUAUUGUAAAUAGACAUUUAAACGAAUUUAUUGUAAUGUAACUGUAGCGAUCACGCAACAAGUCACUACUGAGUAAAGUAAGCAGCGACGUAGUGUUCAUUAAAACAUUGAUGGGUUUUUGUUAAAAAAAACAUUUGUUUUGCGAAAUUUAUCUGAUAAGCUGUAGAUAACGCUAACACUAUUCUAUUAAAAUAACCACACCUAAAACCUAAUUUUGUGUGUGCCCGCACUGGAGCUGCAGUCGUGUGAGGAUAAUUAAAAUAAACUUUUGUUUUCAAUAUACUUUCUAAGAUUUCUAUUAUGGAGCUACUUAGUAAAUAUGAAGCAUAAUUGUUUUAUUUUUGCAUACAAAAUAACAAAAAUAUAUUUAUAUGUUGAUCAAAAGUUUAACCACGUACACGAUAAAAGUCUUAUUAUUUCCAUUAGUUAAUGUUCGUGCCCAGGUCCGUUGUUUUUGCAGUGUUUGUUGAGAGGAUCAUUCUUGAAGUUGAUUCCUUUAUCUCAAACUUCAUAUUAUGGUGAGUGAAGCUGCUCUGCUUCACAUGUUUCAAUAUGAACUUGCUCGUGGAGGUCAAGCGUCAUCUGUUUGAAAUAAACUAUUAGUAAAAC